AGCGCAAGCGGCGGGAUCUUUAUCCUUUUUACCGCCAUCAGAGUGGAGUCUUUUGCUCUGAGUUUGCUUCACUGCGCAGCAUCACCCGCGAACAACCAGCCCAAGGGAGAAACAAAAACACAAUGGCUGAUCUUGACAAUAAAGAACAGGCUGAGCUGGAUCCGGCGGAUAUGGAAGAUGUUGAAGAUGUGGAGGAGGAGGAGGCCGGUGAAGACAGUAAAGCACGACAGCUGACUGUGCAGAUGAUGCAGAACCCUCAGAUACUGGCAGCACUGCAGGAGCGGCUGGACGGCCUUGUGGGCUCCCCUUCAGGGUACAUGGAGAGCUUACCAAAGGUAGUGAAGCGACGUGUCAACGCACUUAAAAACCUGCAGGUGAAAUGUGCUCACAUUGAAGCUAAGUUCUACGAAGAGGUUCAUGAACUCGAGCGGAAGUACGCAGCUCUAUACCAGCCACUGUUUGAUAAGCGCAGUGACAUCAUAAAAGCAGUGUAUGAACCCACGGAUGAGGAGUGUGAGUGGAAACAGGAGGAUGAAGAAGAGCUGACAGAUGAGAUGAAGGAAAAGGCUAAACUAGAGGAUGAAAAGAAAGAUGAGGAGAAGGAGGACCCCAAAGGAAUCCCUGAAUUCUGGCUCACCGUUUUUAAGAAUGUGGACCUUCUCAGCGAAAUGCUGCAGGAACAUGAUGAACCAAUUCUCAAGCAUUUGCAAGACAUCAAAGUCAAAUUCUCAGAUGCAGGCCAGCCAAUGAGUUUCACAUUAGAAUUCUACUUCGAGCGCAACGACUUUUUCACAAAUACAGUUUUGACCAAAACCUAUAAGAUGAGGUCUGAGCCAGAUGAGUCGGAUCCCUUCUCUUUCGAUGGUCCCGAGAUUAUGGGUUGUACAGGGUGCACGAUUGACUGGACCAAGGGCAAAAAUGUCACACUGAAGACUAUAAAGAAGAAACAAAAGCACAAGGGUCGAGGCACGGUGCGAACAGUCACCAAAACGGUUCCCAACGACUCCUUCUUCAACUUCUUCUCUCCCCCAGAAGUACCAGAAAAUGGAGAACUUGAUGAGGACUCUGAGGCGGUCUUGGCAGCAGAUUUUGAGAUUGGUCACUUCAUUCGUGAGCGCAUAGUGCCCAGAGCAGUGUUGUACUUCACUGGGGAAGCCAUUGAGGAUGAUGAUGAUGAUUAUGAUGAAGAAGGAGAGGAGGCUGAUGAUGAGGAGGGUGAGGAAGAGGCUGAUGAAGAGAAUGAUCCAGACUAUGACCCGAAGAAGGAUACCAAUCCCCCAGCAGAGUGUAAGCAGCAGUGAUGGUGUCCAUCUCAGUCAGGAUCCAGUGCACUGUAACUGCUUCUCAAACAUAAUUCUUUGCCGCCUUAUAAUGUUUUGUAUUUUUCUUGGUAGAAAUAACUGAGAGAAUUUGUUACAACCCCCCCCCCCCCCCCCCCACUCAAUAUAUUGGGAGUUCUGGCUCGCUCAUUAGUAUUUUACAAGAUCUGUUAACCCCCCCCCCCCCCCCCUUUUUUUUUUUUUUUUUUUUUUUUUUUUCCCUUUCUCUCUCCCCCCUUUUCCACCUGUUUUUUUUGGGGGGGGGGAUUUUUCACCCUCAUCCUCCUCUUUGUAAAAUAGUUAGAAUGCAGAAAAUUCAAGCAUGACACUUUCUUCACUGCUAAUCUAGUUGGGUUUUUGUGAAGUCUUUUGUUGUAUUGCUCUUAGACAACAGCUGUGGAAAAACUGUUUGGAGGCAAACAAAUUAUGGUGAAAUUGGUGUAAAUUUGAGACGCUCGAAUUUGUGCCCUGUGAUUGGCUGAGGCCAGACGUGACUUCUUGAUACUCCAACCUGGUGAGGAAUUGGUUUCAUCCCAUGGCUGUAUAUGAGCAAUUUGUUCUCUUGUUGCGCACCAGUGGCAACCACUUCACAACAGAAUGCUCAUAAGCGGCCCUGGUGCCGAGGGUUAAGGAAAAAACUUAUUCAGGCUGCCAACAGGCAACCCCUUUGACCAAGGUUGGUGUUAGGCCUGGCCCAAAACCUUUGGCCUGGUGUGUGGAAGGUUCAAACCAAGAAACACUGCAAAAGUGCAUUUAGCGCAAGAUUGAGUGGCUGGUUUUGAGUCUUGGCCGUGUUCUGUGGGUGACUUUAAAACCUUUUGCAUGGCAUGCCCACUGUGAUGGUGUGUGUGUGUGUGUGUGUGUGUGUGUGUGUGUGUGUGUGUGUGUGUGUGUGUGUGUGUGUGUGUGUGUGUGUGUGUGUGUGUGUGUGUGUGUGAGAAAUCUUGAAGCUUUUGUAGCUUGUCUCUGUUGUAGCCGAACCCAGCAAUUUAAAAGCAGAAAGAGCAAUACUGCCCUCUACCAUGCCAACUCCUGUGUUCCUUUUUCUUGUAGCCUCUGAACAGUGAGUGCACACAGGCUGGGAGGGUCGCUGUCUGCUGGCUGGGUAAAGCAGGCAUGGUCUCUGCCACCCACUGCAGCUGUUGUCAAAGUGAAAUGCCAUGCUACAGAAUACUAAUGUACUCUCAGUAACUGUCCGUGGAUGUGUAUUCAUUAAAUAAAUUGGUUAAACGUG